UUUCGAAAACGGGACAACCUUCCCGUGAUCAUCAAGGCUCGCGCGAAGAAGCACUCCUUUGCGGGCAAGGACGAAGAGGUUCGGUGGGUGCAAAACACCGUCACGCUGAUGCACUCCGCGGCCAUGCAGUCGGCCGUGAUCGUGAAGAUUUUGGAGGUGCGCGAGUCGUCCAAGUCGUACUACAUCGUGAUGGAGCGGGCCCGCGGCGUGGACCUGUUCACCUACUUUUUGGCCGCGCAGAAGUACGCGUUGCGGCACAGCGGUCAACACGGCCCCACAACCGACGCCAAACUGGACGCCGACGCGGACCAGGUGGUCACGGCGGUGCAGGGCAGCGGCAGCACCGCAGCCAUCAUUGCGCCCGCGAUCGAGCGCGUGCGGCAGGUCGCCUUCGAGGUGCUGCAGGGGAUUUCCGUUUUUCACCGAUGUAAUUUGGUGCAUCGGGAUCUGAAGUUGGAGAACAUCGUGCUGCACGACAACAUGACCCCGUGGGCCCGGUCCAGCCCGAUGCGGUGCAGUUUGAAGUUAAUCGAUUUUGACACGGUCACUGAGGCGACGAACAACGCGAUGCACGUGGUGGGCACCGAUCAGUACAUCGCGCCCGAGGCGUAUUUGGGCGUGUUUUCCGAACUGACGGACGUCUUCUCCGUGGGCGUUUUGCUUUACAAACUCGUCACGUACCAGUUUCCGUUCCGCGAGGAGAUUUUCGACGACGCACCGGACGACAACAAGGCGGGAAGCCCGGCCAUGGCCCGGAUUCGCCAGCGCAUGAAGUACGCGAUCCGCAACAUCGACUGGUCCCACGCUGACUGGACGGCGAACCCCAACGCCGAAGAUUUCGUGAAGAAGUGCCUCGCGUUUCUGCCGGCGCAGCGCAUGAGCUGCCAGGUGGCGCUGCAGCACCCCUGGCUCGCGGAUUACGUCGAGGAGCGAACGAACAUGUCAGUUUCCCCGAGCGGGGUGGUUGGAACUGCAAGU